GUGUUUCCUGUUCUGAUUUCACAACGCGCCCUCUGAUUGGUCGAAACCGCUAGGAUGACAGCCCCGCUUCCAGACAGAGGACAGUGAAACAUGGCGUCUCUGAGGUUACUCCUGCGCUCGGGGAAGAAUGCCGUUGCAGCGGUUUUGCGGCGGGAGUUUCACGGGACGCCGCCGGCUGCGGUUCAGGUGACAGUCCGAGAUGCCCUCAACCAGGCCUUGGAUGAGGAGAUGGAGAGGGAUGAACGGGUUUUCCUUCUCGGAGAGGAAGUCGCACAGUAUGACGGCGCAUACAAGGUUAGCAGAGGUCUUUGGAAGAAGUAUGGAGACAAACGCAUCAUGGACACACCAAUUACAGAGAUGGGAUUUGCUGGCAUUGCUGUUGGUGCUGCCAUGGCUGGUUUGAGGCCCAUUUGUGAGUUCAUGACCUUCAACUUCUCCAUGCAAGCCAUCGAUCAGGUCAUCAACUCCGCCGCCAAGACCUACUACAUGUCUGCCGGCCUGCAGCCCGUCCCCAUUGUGUUUCGUGGACCCAACGGCGCUUCGGCCGGAGUGGCGGCUCAGCAUUCCCAGUGCUUUGCCGCUUGGUACGGUCACUGUCCCGGACUGAAGGUGGUCAGUCCAUGGAACGCCGAGGACGCUAGGGGCCUUCUGAAAUCAGCCAUCCGUGACGACAACCCCGUGGUUUUUUUGGAGAAUGAGCUGAUGUACGGUGUGCCAUUUGAAAUGUCUGAAGAGUCUCAGUCAAAAGACUUCCUCAUCCCAAUCGGAAAAGCUAAGAUUGAAAGACAGGGAAGUCACGUCACUCUGGUGUCUCACUCCCGAAUGGUCAGUCUGUGUCUCGAUGCUGCUGUUGUUUUGGCCAAGGAAGGGAUCGAGUGUGAGGUGAUCAACUUGCGCUCAAUCCGGCCUAUGGACACGGAAGCCAUUGAAACGAGUGUAAUGAAAACAAAUCAUCUGAUCACUGUCGAGGGCGGCUGGCCUCAUUUUGGAGUUGGGGCUGAGAUUCUUGCCGAGAUCAUGGAAGGUCCCGCUUUCAAUUUCCUUGACGCCCCUGCUGUCCGAGUCACGGGUGUAGAUAUUCCUAUGCCAUACGCCAAGAUUUUGGAGGACAACAGCGUACCACAAAUCAAGGACAUCAUCUACACCGUCAAAAAGACUUUGAAUGUUUAACAUAAUAGAUUUCCCUAUCAGGCCACAUUAAAUAUUAAAUACGACAUGUUCUCUCCUGUUUCUGCCUCAGUGUUUGGGGAAUAGGACGUGCUCUUUCAUCUUAUACAGAUCUUCUGUUACAUGACCCUUUCUUCAUUGGCACUAUUUUAAAGUCAUUUUCUCAUUUUGUCAUAACGGUGACAUUCAUUAUGGCUAUAAACAACCUACCAUGUGUAUUAUGUGUAAAUUCUACUGUAAGCUAAAGUAAUAAACUUUUAUCACAAUGGGU